AUGCAGCGCGGCAUUGUGCGCCGACAAAGCUCACUCGCGGCGGCAAAAAGAAUUUUUGCCCAAGCCGACACUGAGCCAGACAACGAGCCGUUCAAAGCAAUCUCAAGAACACGCAGAGCCGCCGCCAAACAACCACCACCGCCGGCGCAGAAAGACGCGUCUGAAGAGGCAGACUUCACCCCUCCCGUCGACGACGAUGAAGUGAACGAAACCGCAGAGCCGCAGCCCAAGCGGCGCAAAGUUGAAAAGACUCGGAAAGCAGACACCGUAAAACUCCAUGCAAGCCUCUUCGGCCCAUCUGGAAAGGCAACGCAGGACCCCUGCUCGCCUCCGUCAAGAACGCACGCCGUUAUGUAUCACCGUCCUCUGCUACUAGAUGGCCAACCCGGACGCGAUGGACGAGAUGCUCUCCUUGCCUGGUUCGACUCUACCAGCACCACGCGCGGCAUGCCUUGGCGCAAAGCCUGGAUCGACCCGCGAGAUUCCUCUGACGCCACUGACCUACGUACCGCCCUCGAGAAGCGCGCCUACGAGGUAUGGAUCAGCGAGAUUAUGCUGCAGCAGACACGCGUCGCGGUGGUCAUUGACUACUGGAACCGGUGGAUGGCGCGGUGGCCGACGAUCCAGGACCUCGCCGCGGCGGAGCCCGAGGACGUGGUGAGCGCGUGGCGCGGGCUGGGGUAUUACAGUCGCGCGACGAGGAUUCAUGAGGCUGCGAAGCUGGUGGUCAAGGACCCGAAGUGGAAGGGCCUGAUGCCGGCCGAAACGGCGGAGCUUGAGGCCAACGUUCCGGGGGUUGGGCGGUACACUGCCGGCGCCAUUUCGGCCAUCGUGUUUGGGAGGGCGGCGCCGAUGGUUGAUGGCAAUGUGCUCCGGGUACUGAGUCGACAGCUAGGUGUGUUUGGGAACGCAAAGUCGGACAAGGCGGUCAUUGACUUGCUCUGGGCUGCCGCGGAUGCGCUUGUCAAAGCCGUAGCAAAGGAUGGCCCUGCCAGCCAAGGCAACGAGGAUGAGGAGGCGUCGACGAGCGAUAGGCCCGGGCGAUGGGGGCAGGCUUUGAUGGAGCUUGGGAGCACCGUCUGUACGCCCAAGCCGAACUGCGGCGAGUGCCCCGUCACGUCAACCUGCCGGGCCUAUGCAGAGGGCUUGUUGGUGGCCGCCAAACCAAAGAAAGCUGCCAAGGUGGAGGACAUUGAGGACUUGUGCUCGAUAUGCGAGCCCUUCGAGGAAGCGGUAGAGGACGCCGCGGCCUCAGGGGAAGACUCUGAUGCCGAAGCGCCAAAGACGGCCAAGGGAGCCAAGGGAGCCAAGAAGGGGACGAAAUCUCGGCCGGUGGCGAAGCAGGCCACCUUGUCCGCCUUCUUCUCCUCCAAGACGCCCAAGAAGGAAGAGCCUCCCUCCACGAAAAAGCCAGUGGUCGACGCGAAAACACUAGAGAUCAUCGCCGAUCACGCCAGAAAGUUUCCGCUCAAGGUGGUAAAGAAAGCAGUCCGCGAGGAGGAAGCCCUCAUCUGCGCCGUCCGCCGCGGCGACGGACUUUUCCUACUUCACCGACGCCCGGACAAGGGCCUUCUCGCCGGGUUGUGGGAGUUGCCCAGUCACACCCUGCCAGCGACCGCGAGUAACACCGCGUCGUCCAGGAAGAAGGAUGCGCAGGGGUACAUCUUGGGUUUGCUCGGCGAGGGCGGCGAGAAGCCGAAGACGAAGCCCAGGGUGCGGCAUGCCGGGGAUCUCGGUAGCGUGCCCUGGCUAUUCUCACACCUCAAGCUGACGAUGCAUGUGCACUUCUUCGAGGUGGAGGGUGACGAGUACGUGUCGUCGCAUGCGAAGCACCGGUGGGCCACGGCCGAGGAGUUGGAUGAAGAGUCAAUGGGGACUGGGAUGCGCAAGUGCUGGGCCCUGGUGAGGGAGAGGAUCGACGAGUAG